ACUGCUUAGACUUCAAGGUCGAGAGGGUAGACUUCUCCGCUGAGAGGGUGUUCAACUCGCCCAAAUACUUAGAUAUGAUGUGGGAGCGGCUUGAUUUCCUGCGCCUGGUGCUGGAGAAAGGCUUCGACUUCGUCUUCUCGUAGGCCUUUUAUGAAAGCGAAUGGAUAUUUAUGGAUCUAUUCUCCUGCACAUGUGAUGCAACUAGUUAAAGAUGUUCCAUGAAAAAGUUUCUUCUGCAGAAUGAGUGCAAACUUUCACUUCAUGAAUUGAAAACUAAAGCUCCAGCACACGGUUUAUAUUAAAGGAAGGACAAUAUCUCUUUUUGGGUUUCUCUGAAGAUCGGAUCGACUUAACUGCUUUAUUCAAAUAAUUCCAAAUUCUCUUUUGCAGCUGGCUUAUAAAGAGUUUUGUACCAUCCUUCAGCUGCAAGAGAAGUAGAUGAGCCUUUGGGAAAAUGAUAGAUCAUAGAUGUGCAUAUCCUGGCAUUCCAGAAAUACGAAGUAGAUGAAUCUAAAGCGACAAGUUUCAACUACUCAAAGAUCUGAUGUGCAUAGGAUUACUUGAAACAAAGGCAACAAUAGAUAAGAAGAUGUAUCAUCAAGGCCACAACAACGUCGUUUCUUCUAAGGAAGCAUUUCCUCCAGAGAGGCAUUUGUUAUUGCAACAAUGGGGGAGCAUUCCAGACGAAUCGGGACUAGUGCUAUCAACUGAUGCAAAGCCAAGGUUGAAGUGGACACCUGAACUCCAUGAUAAAUUCAUAGAAGCAGUUAAUCAACUUGGCGGAGCAGACAAGGCAACACCAAAAGCAGUCAUGAGACUCAUGGGCAUUCUUGGACUGACAGUGUAUCACCUAAAAAGCCAUCUUCAGAAGUACAGACUCAGCAAAAAUCUUCAACCUCAAGCAAACAUGGGAAGUACUAAGAGUGUUGUAGGUUGUCAGCUAGCAGCAGAAAUGACAGAUGAAGAUAAUAAUAAUAUAUCAGCCGUUACCAAUACAAAUAUUGUUCCCCAGCCCAAGAAGUUCUUUUAGAGCGGCCACGAGUUAUAACUUCGCAAGUAUCACAUGCUUGGGACAUGCCUGAAAACACAUUUGGUUCAGCUUAUGCAAAAUUCAUGGGAUCUAGGAACUUCUCUCCCGACGAUCGUCCCCCAGUUCGCUUCAUGGAUACAGAGGAACUGGCUUACGUGGCCACGCGUGCUCGUGAGGUGCACGACUUUUGGCACGUGCUAUUCAGGCUCCCGACCAACCUGAUUGGGGAAUCUGCCCUUAAGGUGAUCGAAUUUGAGCAAAUGCUUCUUCCCAUGUGUGCCAUGUCAGUUGUUGGAGGUUCAGCAAGGUUUAGCGAAAAGCAAAGGACUCUCUUCUUCCAGCAUUAUUUCCCUUGGGCCAUGAGGGUGGGCAUAGCCUCCACUGAUCUGAUGUGCAUCUACUAUGAGAAACAUUUCCAUGAAAACCUUGAGGAUGUUCGGAAGAGAUGGGGCAUAACCCCUUGCCCAAAUCCGGAAGCCUAAAAGAAAACGAGAAGUAUACAUGGAUAAUCUCUGUAAGGACAUUUUUCUUCGUGGCAAGAUGGAUGAUCAAGGUUGGGUUCCCAUCUCAUUGAUUGCUACCUUUAACAUGGUCAAAAGGGUGACAACGAGCACAGCGGUGAUAUUGAAUGCUCUAAGAGAUUCGACAGAACUUGAAAUACAG